UUUAUGCUCUCCUACUCUUUCUCCGACGGUGAAAAAUCCCAACUUGGGUUGAGCUUCAUUGUGGGAAGGAGAGAGUGAAAGCCUGAGAGGUCGGAGCAAGGAAUCAGAGAAGGAGUCAUGGCGAUGAGAGCAGCUGCGGCGGCACCUCGUGGACUUAGAAAACUAUUCUCGAGCUUCGCUUUCCCUCCUCCGUCCAGCAACGCUGCAAAUACAGCUCCUCCGCCGGCCGAGCCGUCCACGAACCUCUUCGUCUCAGGCCUUAGCAAACGUACUACUACUGAAGGACUUAGAGAAGCCUUCUCAAAAUUUGGUCAAGUGGUUAAUGCUAGAGUUGUGACGGAUCGUGUCUCCGGAUAUUCCAAGGGUUUUGGUUUUGUAUUGUAUGCCACUUUGGAAGAUGCUGCAGAAGGUAUAAAAGGCAUGGAUGGCAAGUUUCUGGAUGGAUGGGUUAUUUUUGCUGAGUAUGCAAGGCCCAGAGAACCACCUUCACCGCCGUCUUCAGAGAAAGCUGGAUUUCCUCCAUUUGGACGUCAUUGACUCAAAUUGAAAAUGGGCAAGCUUAUCAUCCCCAUUAUAUUGAAGUUCUCUAUUUUGCAUUAAGAGAGCUCAAUUGUUUACUAUCAUCUGGCAUAGUAUCUCCUGCUGAUUGGCUCUGAACACUGAAUGGAUUGAACUGAAUGAGAAAACUACUAGGAUUGGAAGGGUGGUUUGUGAGAGUAGUUUUGAACAUAAAACUGUAUCUUGUGGAACUGUAUUUGCUAUUUAUUAAUGUUAUUUUUCUUCUUCUUCUUCAAAA